AGGACCCAAUUGAAAAGCAAGAAGAAAAUGGGAAGAUCACCAUGUUGUGACAAAAGUGGACUCAAGAAAGGGCCAUGGACACAAGAAGAGGACCUCAAACUCACGCAAUACAUUCAAAUACAUGGACCUGGCAAUUGGCGAACCCUUCCCAAGAACUCUGGGCUUCAACGAUGUGGUAAAAGUUGCCGACUUCGUUGGACAAACUACUUGAGGCCUGAUAUCAAGAGAGGAAGAUUCUCGUUUGAAGAAGAGGAGACCAUCAUCCAACUACAUAAAGUUCUUGGCAAUAAGUGGUCAGCAAUUGCAGCACGUUUGCCCGGAAGAACCGACAAUGAAAUCAAAAACUAUUGGAAUACCCAUAUCCGGAAAAGACUACUCAGGAAUGGAAUUGAUCCAGUGACACAUCGUCCUCGCCACGAUCUCUUGGACAUGACGUCGAUACUCAACUCAGCUUCAUCCAAUCUCUCAAACCUUCUUAACAUCCAGAGCCUAGUAAAUCCACAAGUCUUAAGGCUUGCCACUCUCUUGGCAUCAUCCUCAUCGAUUCAACAAAACAAUGAGUUUUUUCUUAAUAACCACAUAGCCCCUAUGAGUCAAAACCCUAAUCAGCAGAUAGCAAGUGUGACUUUCACUCCAUCAUCACGUCUUCCAAGCAAUCAACUCUGGGAUGAAGCACACCACAUGCAAAAGAACAAUAGCCAAUGCUUUUCAGAAAACAUGGUCAACCUGAAUGACCAAACUAGUCAAGAAAAUUUGGUGCCUACAUGCUGGACUGAUGAUUCUAUCAUCCUUCCACAUUACAGUGACCAAUUUACAUCACAAGCAUCAGAAAACUCAACUUUCCAGCUAUCCAAUACUGAGAACAACAAUUUCAACGUAGAUUCUAUUUUUCCAACACCCAUCUCAAGCCCAACACCAUUAGAUUCAGCAUCAAUAUUCAUCAAUGGUAGCAGCAGUGAGGAUGAGAUAGAAAGUUACUGCAGAAAGCAUUUUAAGUUCGAAAUUCCGGAGAGUUUUGAGUUUGAUGAUUUUAUGUAAAUAUUUAUUGUAAACCAGACUUGUGAAUGGAACCAUGUGGUUGUUCUUGUAUACCACUAGGUAUUAU